CAGAUGGGCAGUAUGAAGCCAGUGAAGACAAACAAAGCGGAAGAACCUGAAUUGGAGCCCCUGUGCUGCUGCGAGUACAUAGAUCGAAAUGGGGAAAAGAACCACGUGGCUGCCUGUUUGUGCGAUUGCCAAGAUCUCGAUGAAGGGUGCGAUAGAUGGAUUACAUGUAAAUCCGUGCAGCCGGAGACUUGUGAAAGAAUCAUGGAUACUAUUUCCGAUCGCCUCCGAAUUCCUUGGCUUAGGGGAGCCAAAAAAGUUAACAUUAGCAUCAUUCCCCCGCUCGUCCUACUGCCCGUCUUCCUCCGCGUGGCUUCCUGGCAUUUCCUCCUGGGGGGGGUGGUUUUGACCUCCCUUCCUGUGCUGGCUCUGUGGUACUACUACCUCACUCACAGAAGGAAAGAACAGACUCUGUUUUUCCUGAGCCUUGGACUGUUCUCUCUGGGCUACAUGUACUAUGUGUUCCUGCAGGAAGUGGUCCCCAAAGGGCGUGUGGGACCCACUCAGCUGGCUCUUCUUACCUGCGGGUUAUUUCUGAUACUCUUAGCCUUGUACAGAGCCAAGAAGAAUCCAGGCUACCUCAGAAAUCCAGCAAGCAAUGACAGACCUCUAAGCAGCGGCCAGACUGAAUGCCUGACCAGAAAAGGGCAGGAGAAGACCAAAGGGUUCCCGGGCGCAGAAUCGUCGGGUAGUCUCAACAACCGCACACUGAAGGAUGAGCCUAAGGGCUCUUCCAGGGUGUUGGUUGGAAGCCCUACCAAGGUCAAGGAGGACUGGUGUGCCAAGUGCCAGCUGGUGCGACCAGCCCGGGCGUGGCAUUGCCGGAUCUGUGGCAUCUGUGUGAGGAGAAUGGAUCAUCACUGUGUCUGGAUAAAUAGCUGUGUUGGAGAAUCAAAUCAUCAAGCAUUUAUACUUGCCCUUUCGAUCUUCUUGCUAACCUCGGCGUAUGGGAUAACACUGACCUUGGACACCAUUUGUAGAGAUAGAAGUGUCUUCACAGCUCUCUUCUAUUGUCCUGGAGUUUACGCAGAUUACAGCUCAGCGUUGUCCUUCACCUGUGUGUGGUACUCUGUGAUCAUCACGGCGGGCAUGGCCUACAUCUUCCUCAUCCAGCUGAUAAACAUCAGUUACAACGUCACCGAGAGGGAGGUCCAGCAGGCCCUUCGACAGAAGACGGGGCGCCGGCUCCUCUGUGGGCUCAUCGUGGACACAGGCCAGUACAACCGGGGCUUCCUGCGGAACUGGUACCAGUUCUCCACGCUGGGUGCCCACCCCUUCCACCACCCUGCCGAGGACAUUGUCUGA